GGAGAAGCAAACGCGAUGGCCAUAAAUCCCAUUUAACUUUAGCGGCCGCCCGAGCGCGAGGCUGCACAACGUCCUGCCUCACGUGUCAGCGAGCUGCGCGUCUCCACAGAUGCUGAGGGAGUAGCUGGGGGAGGAAGGGGGGAGGAAACAGACUUCAGCACCGGAGCUGUCCACGUCUCCGUUCAUCCUCCAACCGGGAGACGCGGCUCCCGACUGUGAAUUCUCUCCGCGGGACCGUGAGCGAAACGGGAUAAUAAAGUGCCGCUGCCUCUCGUCUCUCUGCGGGACUGACGCACAGGCGCGCGCUCUCGGUUUCGAGCCCUGCGAUGCUGGACGGCCGGACCUAACGGAGGAAGGAUAAAGUCCCCAACAAGUCUGUAGCCGUCACGUCAUGGGAGUGCUCAUGUCCAAAAAGCAGCAGGUGGAGCGGGUGCAGAAGUGCAACGCCGUGGUCUCCGCCUUCCAGGCGGGCAUCAAGGACCGGCCCGCCGCCGCCAAGCCGGCCGAGCGCGAGGCGGAGGACGGCGAGGGGCCUAAAGCGGCGCCGAGCCCCGAGGAGCCCAACGCGGAGGAGGCGCCCCGCGAGGAGGCCCACGGCGGCGCCGGCCCGUCCACCUCGCAGCAGAGCUCCGCCCCCUCCAGGGACGAGUGCAAGGUCAACCAGGAGGCGUGGUCCCGCCUCCGCGACGGGAAAGGGGUGGAGCCGGAGGACCUGGACAAGAGCCACCAGCUGACGCCGCCUGCAUUCGUGCGGCCCAAAAGGGAAUCCAACGACGACCAGCCGGUGGAGGUGGAUCUGGAGGAGAAGGAGCAGCCGCCGAACGAGGAGAUGUGCGACGUGUGCGAGGUGUGGACGGCCGACGACCUCUACCCCUGCAGGACCUGCACCCGCGUGUUCCACGACGGCUGCCUCAGGGAGCUGGGCUACCUGCGCGCCGAGGCCCUGCAGGAGAUGCGGGACACGGCGCACACGGUGACGGGCUGGAGCUGCUACUACUGCGACAACCUGAACCUGCUGCUCACAGAGGAGGAGAUGUACAGCCUCAUGGAGACCUUCAAGCAGUGCAAGAUCAUCCCAGAAUCGUGCCUGGUGUCCGAUGAGCUGCUGCAGUACCGUCACUUCGCAUCCAAGCAGCAGUUUGACAAGGACCUGACGGACGAACAGGAGGAGGAAGUUCUGGCUCAGUUCGCAGCGCUGGACCCUGAGAAGAAGGGACACAUUGAAUGGUCGGACUUCCUCUACCACGAGUCUCUGGCGGUGUUGAGGAAGUUUCGCACAGAGAACUCCCUGGUGCGUCUGCUGACGGCAAAGGAGCGGGACAAAGCACGCUCAGUGUUCCUGGCUCUGAAUCGGGACAAGGACGGGACCAUCACCAGAGCAGAGUGUCGUCAGGCUCAGACGUCCUGGUUCCACAAGCUUAACAAAGACUCACAGUCCUGCAACGUAAGCAUCCCCCACAGACUCAUGGGAUUCUGCUCACCUAUGAAUUGUGGUAUAAGUCAUGUUGGGCCCAUGUGUGAGAGCAGUCCAGCCAGUUCUGGCAGCGAGAGGAGCAAGACUGAUGACAACAGACCAGCGACCUGGGCCGACUUCUUAAGGGAGAGUGCCAUCUACAUCGUGGCUGCGCGACCCAAUAGUUCUGCCAUGCACAUCCGUCUGCCUGUAUAGUCCAGUGCAGUGCACGUGGCAGGGGGGAGGGGGGGAGGUAGCGGCUGCACCCUAUAGUCUAAAGAUGAAAGCGAGAGGAAAGACGUGAUGACACGCUGAGGUGAGAAAGAGCAACUGAGCGAAGGGGACGAGGCACCGGGAGACGGGAGAUCAGGCCAUCGACAGAAUCACUCCUCGACCCCCGCGACACUGACGCAAACACAUCCUGAAUGAAACACAGCCGUUGUCACAGGUCUCCACUCCAACUCCCUGACAGCUUCUAACAAAUGUAAGAGAUAGGACGAGCAGGACGCAGGUAGUCACUCUUGACUGGUGAGUGAAUCAGACGAGCUCCUCGGAGGCUCGCGUUCGGUUUUACAUGACAAACGCUGCGCUCGACGGCCCCCGAGCGACACGACGGGUAGAUUAAUGUGACACGCUGUUACUUGUUCAAAUAUUCAUUCCUGUGGGCCUCAUCGUGUCUUAGUAAUAACUCUGUGCUUCUGUAAUGGGAUUGUGUUAUUCACCACAAAAACUGUUAAUCACACUGCGGCACAUGCUAAUUCAUUAUCGUUGCUAUUUGACAAGUGGACAGACUCUGGGAGGAGGUCUCUGCAGAACAUGGAAUGGAAACUAUUCACAUGCAUACAUAUUAUAUCAGAACCGCUAUACACACCAGUAUAAAUUAUCCUUAUGCAUUAUAAAGUGGUAUUUAUUCCUGUAUCCUCUGAUAUAGCCUCUGUUUUCCCAUUCUAAUUCAUUAAUCUGUGUUCUUGAGGAGUGCUAGCUGUGGAGACGGAUGUGAAGUGAAUGUAAAUCGGCGCCAACGUGUAAAUAAACUGCCACAUUUUGUUCCUGGUCCCCCCCCUGCACUGUUACGAUACGAGGUGGAACGAGCGUCUGCGUCGUUUGGACUUCGGUGACAUAAUUACUUGAUAAUAACAAGAGCUUGGGUGCAAACAUCUGUCCUUUGUUAAUAUGGAGAAUCCUUGUUUGAAAUAGUAAUGGAAACCUUGGAGGGACUUGUUCCAGGAUAUAGAAGAAUAUUAAUGCACAUGCAACUGCCCUUAGAAUCACUGGAGACAUACUGUAAGAAGUAGAAGCUCAUGUAGUGUUUAUGCCAUGUAAGGGUCUAUUAGUGAUAAAGUAUGCUUAUGACAUGAAUGUUGUUAGACUGAGGGAUCUGUCACAGCGCUGAAAUAAACGCAAGGCAUUUACUCUCCUUUUUGAGAAUCUUG